GUUCUUCGGUUCAAAUAGAACCAAUAUAGAUAGAAGCCUAGAUAUAACUGAAAAACCAGAACCCCUUUUGAGUUCCACCAUGGCCACAAACCAUUUUCCAACCUCAGAAACACCCUCUUGCAAAGCACACUGACUUACUUACACUCUGCAAACCAUAAUGGCUUCUCUUCAACCUUCAUGGCUUUCUUCUCUCAACACCAUCUCUUCCACAACAAAACCCACUCUUUUCCCCUCCACAAACCUUAACAAGCCCCACUCUUUAAAACCAUUCAAACUCUCCUUCUCUCUCAACCCACCCAAUGCUGAAUCUUCACAACCCAACUCACCAAAUUCACCAGAAACAACGCCGGAAGCCGAGCCUGGGCCAACGGACCCUGUCAAGCUCGCACUGGAGAAUGCCAAGGCGUAUAAGAAGUCAGUGCAAAUGAACAAGAAAUUGAAAAUUGAGAAAAACCCAGUUAAGGAUGGUGAUGGGAUUGCUGGAACUGGUGAGUCGGGCCCGGAUGGAGCUGGCGGUGGGAAGAAGGAAGUGCCUGCUGCGGUUAAGAUUGCAAUGGAGAAAGCUAAAGAGUAUAAGAAGAGUAAAGGCAUUGUGGGUGGUGACAUUAAUGCUGGGGAGAGUGACAAAAUUUCAGGUUUGGAGGAAAGUAAUGGGGGAAACUUGGGGAAUGAGAUAGUAGACAAGAAGGGAAAAUUGUCAGUUUCAAGUAUUGAUUUUGUGGGACUUGGCUUUGCGGAUAAGAAGGAGGGUAGAGGACUGCCAGCUGGGUUGGUUCCAAUAGCAGACUAUUUCCCAGAAGGGAACUCACCUGACGUUGAGAUUAUAGUCGGGGAUGCUAGAAAUUUUGAUGCGGUGGCACGGAAGCCAGAGCAGACUCAAGGAGACAACUCAGAUCUGUACAAGCCAAAAGUUUCUUCAUGGGGUGUAUUUCCUAGACCGAAUGACAUUUCAAAAACGUUCGGUGGUGGAAGAGUUAUACAACCUGGGGAAGUGCUGGAAACAGCUGAAGAAAAAGCUGCUAAAGAAGCACGCACAAGACAAUUAGUUGCUGCUUACAAGAGUAAAAUGGGCAUGAACAUUGAUCCAAAGCUAAGAUCUGAAUGUGAGAAGGCACUAAAGGAUGGUGACACAUUGAUGGAUGUUGGAGAGCUUAAGGAAGCAUUAAUCUACUAUGAGCAGGUUAUGGAUAAGUUACCAUUUAAGGUAAUGUUGCUGUAAAUUAUCUGAACUGCUUGCACAUAUAAAACAAUAAAUAAAUUUUGCUACGAACAUAUUUGGACAAUGGGUAUUUUUUACUAUGACGAAAUGAUACCCCUCUGAUUUGCCGCAAGUUCAAUAAUUUACAUGCCAAUUAGUGUUCCUUGUUGAAUUGUAAAUUGACUAGCUAAUUUCUUGUUAGUUAGUAAUUUACUUAGUCUGUUUUUCUUUCUAGCUUCAUUAAGCAUUAUGUUAGUUAAGUGACUUGAGCUCAUAUGCCAAGUGUAAGGUGUAAAGCAGUCAGUUUCCAACGGCUCUUAGCCUUUGUACUGCCAUGUGUCACAUUCACAUUGGCUCUUGUAAUAGAAUGGUGGUGAUUGGCUGAUGUAAUGAGAGAAUGAGAAUGAAUACAAAAGGUGUGAUCUCUGCAUUUGGUUCUGCAGAUCGUACCAGAGAACUUUACCAUUUUUCUCUGUUUUCUCUUCUGAGCUCACUCUUCCCUGUACCUUUCUAGCUCCCUCAGUAAUCCAAAACUUCAACAUGGUAUCAGCAGUGAAGGUUGGAUCUGGA